GAAUUGAAUAAUAAUUUAGUAGCAGAACAAGUUUUGCAUCUGACACACCUGAUACGACUGCCGACUAGGGCCGCCAACCACCCCGGCAUUUUUCGGUUUUCCCCGAAUUUGUUCAAGUUUGAAAGUUUCAAGAUGGUCGACCGGGGGUUCUCGAAGUUUCCGGCUGUAACCCGAACACUUUUGUUGACGGUAGAAUCCAAAAUUUUAUAGUUAAUCUACAAUAACCCGCAUUCAAGGCUCGAGAAAUAGUCAAUAGGCAUUUUUUUCGUAAAUUAAAUUAUAAAGAUGUUUCUAUGUUGCAAAACCUUUCAGAGAUGUCUGGGAAAAAACCAUAUUUCAGUAUUCGCCUGAAUGUCCGGUAUUUCGUAUUUUGCUGAUCUACCAUAAUUUAUGUGGCAGCCCUAUUGAUGACUAAUUUACUAAAGCUUUGAGGAAACUUGAUAUUCAGUCGUGUUUGUAGCGUGGAGCGAGUAUGUGGCUUAUAUUAUGUGUGAUAUGUUUUAUGUCCGGCAUACAAGUGCAUAUUGCUGAUGAAGAGAUUGAAAAAUGUGUGCCAAAUGAUGACACCCCUGAAGGAAAGUGUGUCCCGAUAUUGGAAUGUGAACUCGCUUUGAGGACAAUAAAAGAGAAGAGAGCGAAUCCGUACAGUAGGUGCAGAUUCGAGGGAUUCACUGAGAUCAUCUGCUGUCCAGUCGCCGAAAACAAAUAUGGCACCGAGACUACUACACAGAGAUCUGGUAAAAGUGCCGGUACAAGAGUUGCUGAUAAAGAAUGUCAGAAGAUUAAGGACAGCGUGAACGUUCCCCUCAGCACAUACAUCAUCGGCGGCGACGACACGUACGUCGGGGAAUUCCCGCACAUGGUGGCGCUAGGGUAUGAGAAUGGCGACAGCUACACCUUCGACUGCGGAGGUUCCCUCGUGUCGGAGUCCUACGUGCUCACGGCGGCGCACUGCGUGGGCAACAGACUUGACAAGCCGCCCAAAAUAGCCAGGCUGGGUACUUUGGACGUGUCGGACGACCGGUACAACGCCACCACCGACGUGCGGGUCGCGGAGAUCAAGCUGCACCCGCGACGGACGCCCGCCACCAAGUACCACGAUAUUGCGCUGUUAAGGUUGGAGAGCCCGGUAAAUAUUAGAGAAGAAGCCAGCCCCAUAUGCCUGUUUACUUCAGAGGAGGACCCCCAAGUACCGCUAUCGCUAACCGUCACCGGUUGGGGACAAACCACACUCUCAACUAGACUACGGAAUAUAACUCUUCAGAAGGCAUCGCUGUCGUUCCUCGCGCGGGACGAGUGCGGGGAGUCGUAUAAGAUCGGCGACAAGUACUGGCUCAAGCUGCCGAACGGCAUAAUAAGCGAGCAGCUGUGCGCCCACCACCCGCAGGGGCGGACGGACACUUGUCAGGGAGACUCCGGGGGCCCGCUCCAAAUACUGUCCUCGGACAACUACUAUAGGCUAGUGGGCGUGACCUCCUUUGGCAUCGGCUGCGGGACCUCCAAGCCGGGAGUGUACACCAAAAUAUACCCCUACUUGGACUGGAUAGAGCGAGAGGUGUGGCCCGAUGCGGAUUAAAAACAAUAAGAUAGAUUAUAUAUUUAUUAAAA